CCUUGUUUUCCCAGCACUUUUUAUUUAGCUUUUCGUGGCAUGCUUUAAAUCUUCCAGGAUCUUAUAUUUCAGGAGUUUUUGAAGAGUUUAAUAAGGGCAGUCCAUUUCAGAAGAGAGGCAUUUCAGGGGGGGUAAGAAGGAGAUUGGAUGGUGAGAUUUGAUGUGGUAUUUGUUUGCUCAGAAUGGGAAGGAGUUUUUUAUGCAGACAUGAGUGAGCAUCAGAAAUGAAUUUUUCAUAGAGUAGUGAAACCAGGAAAAUUAUUCACUUACAUGUAACCUUUAAAGGACCUUCACUGAUUUGUAAGAGUAUUGCAAGUACUGCUGUAUUGUUGUGUAUAUGUGCUUUACAGGCUUUGCUCUGUUAGGGGGGUUACAGGCAGCAAUUACAUUUAGGAAUGGAGUUUCUUUAGUGAGAUAAGUCUAUUUCUCUCAGGAUGGAUCAAUUCAAUGUUUAGAGAAGAGGCAACUAUGCACUGGAUUUAAAUUUGAGAUACUGUUUUUUUAACUAAUUUUUAUUUUUUAUUUGGAUAUUUUGACUGUGAUUAAUGAUUUAUUUUAAAAGACAUUAUAUGAGUAAAUUGUUUAAAGUGCAGUUUUAUCUGAGGUGUUUUGGCCUGGUUUAACUGUAUCGGCAAUCAAUAGCAAAAUUUGUUUUUAACACUGUUAGAAGAAGAGAUGCCUUCCCAUUAUACUCAGCAAGCAAUAACAGUUCUAAGCCUGUUUGGUGUCUUGGCUGCCAUCAUGGCCUCUCUUUCAGUCAUACUGAUCUUUCAGGUCCAGGACUCAGUAAAACAGGGGGAGUUUGGGGCGGGUUUGGGCCCAGGAGCUGGUAGGUUCUUGCUGCCAGCGUCUGCAGUCUUGGCUGCUCUGUGUCUUGCUCUCAAUGCCAGUUGCCUUCUGCUCUGUCUACUUCAUUCAUACUUCACCGCUGAGGUUGGCAGAAAUGACUCUGAGUCUGGGAGGGGUGACUGGUUUCUGUUGGAUAACCGCAGUGUAAGGCAAUCUGCAAUCUGUCUGUUCUGUCUUGGAAUUGCUGUGUAUUUAGCAGCUGUGUCUCUGUAUAUGCUGAUACUGUUUGAGAUAGAGACGGGGAUUGCCAGCUCCUGUAUUUUGACAUCCAGCACUAUUUUUAUGAUAGUCGUGGUAGUACAUACUCUGCACAAAGCCUCCAAGGCAACCCGUCAAAGCCACGAUCAGCUAAACAGCACCCUCUAUGAAAAUGAUUCUGCCCAUGGCGGGGAACUUACUGACUCUGCUCCUUCCACUGACCUUAGCAACAGCAAAGAGCUCUCCCCUGUCCGUUCUCGCCCCGAGAUCCAUCGUGAGUUCUCCUAUCCACCCUUUCUUCAACAGCAGCAGAAACUACAAUCACUUUCACCUCCACACAGCAAUAUGAUUGUGAUGAGCCAGGGGGAGCAUCCCAUUAAAAACAAUGGAGCUGAGAGUUACAUCUUACCCAGGAUGCAUCGAACACUAUCUGUAGAAUCUGGACUUAUGCAGCCAAACCCCAAACCCUGGAAUGGAAUAGCUCAGGAGAUGAGAAACGUGGUACCAAGAAAACAAGGAGUAGUAGGAAAAGAUUCAACACUGGUAUAAAUGCUGUAACAAUAUAACUCAAUUCCAUGAGUAAUUGUAACAGCUGAGAUGAACGAAUCAGAAUAAGUGACUCUGAAAGACACUGUAAUGUUACCAAUGCAUUUUUAGAACUACUAUUUUCCCUAGUGCAUAGCAAUGUAAAUAUAAAACAUAUUUUUCACAUGACCUUAAAUAUACAACGGAAUGUAUAAACCAGAUGCUGAAGUUAAAAAAAUAUUUGUAAAUUGUGUGGUGGGAAAAGAAAAGUGUGCAGAGACAGUUACAAUUCAUAUAGUUUACAGAAAGAACAUAUAUGGGGUUAUGUAAUAAAGGCACUAAGUUUGUCCAGCAGCAGUAACCCAUAUCAACCAAUCAGCGGGUAGUAUUUACUGGUCACCUGUUUAAAAGUCAAUAUCUUAAUGGCUGAUAUGGGCAAACUUACUACUUUUUUUUUACAUAUGGGGUAAGAGAUAAAAGCACCACUAGGGGAAAUUAAACAGAAAUCACUUAGGACAAAGGUAAAUUAGAGCUCAUAUGAUUUUUAGUGUUUUUUUCAUUAAUUUGAAUCUGACCCUAAGGUCCUAAAGGCCUGUAGUAGAAAACCCCCUUAUGUGGCAUUUUCUAGAACUAUGUAUUUCUGACUGCAAUUAAAAGAAGAACUAAUACUUCUUAUGCCAUUUUUCCAGAAAUGCUGUAAGGUCUUUUCACCUGAUUAAAACUAUUGCCCUGA